CGAUUGGCUCACUGUGUCUCCGCGUUCGAUUUUGGAAGGCUCGCCGGGAGCUCUCACCUAGGCUCGGCUGAGGAUUGGCUGUUCCGGGGCUGGGGAGCGCUUUCUCCGGGGAGCCGCGGCUGCGACCGAGGUGGCCCGCCUCGGGAGGCCAGGUGUCCUGGGAAAUCAGUGAUUUUAAGUCAAGACUUACUCCAUUUCAGCUACCGGAGAACAGAAACACCAGAAGCCCUUGUGUUGGUCAAGACUCCCAGGCUUGGGAAGGGCCCACUGAGCUGCUGACGUCCCUCCCUGCUCCUUCCUCAGCACCCAGGAUGGGUACCCCUGCCUCUGUGGUCAGCGAGCCACCCCCCUGGCGAGCCCCCCCGGAGGCCCGGGGCCGCAAGCAGGCCGCGGCCAACAUCUUCCAGGAUGCCGAGCUGCUGCAGAUCCAGGGCCUGUUUCAGCGCAGUGGGGACCAGCUGGCCAAGGAACGGGCACAGAUCGUCUGGGAGUAUGCAGGGGACCAUCGUGUGGCCGAGGCCUUGAAGAGGUUGCGCAGGAAGAGGCCCCCUCGGCAGAAGCCCCUGGGCCCCUCGGUACACCACUGCAGCCGGCUCAGAACUGCAGAGCGCUGUGCUCCACCAGCCGAACCACAAAGCAGCGCCACGGACCCGGCUUCCAGGGAGCAGCAUGUGAACUCUAGGAGGACCAGUGCCCGGAUCCGCCGGAACUGGAGGAAGCCAGGACCCACAAGCUACCUCCAUCAGAUCAGACACUGAGCCGGGGAACAGGCAGGGGCCGGCUGUAUCUUCCCCAGGUUUCACAGAGACUUUUGCCAAAGGGCUGGGGAAGGCAAAAAAGAAAGAGACAGCCUCACUGCUGCCACUGGCCUGCUUGGGGCAAAACAGGCCCGGAGGCUUCCACUGAGCUGUUAUAGGCGACCCACUCCUCACCAGACUGAGGAAAACAGUGCCUCAGCCCUUCUCAGUUUAACACUAUGCCUGGGCUGCAGGAUAGUUCCCUGGGAGUCAAGCGACAGGCACUCUGACGCAGCAUCCCACUACUCCUGCUACAACUGUGGCCCAUGGUCCAGCAGCUCGUCCCACACCCCUGCCCCUUCAGGCCAACACAGGAAAAACGUAGUUCAAGUGUCAAAAUAAAACCAUGUGCAUCGAGA